AUGGUGCUGAACGACUACCAUCUCUACAACAUUGAAAUACAGUUCAGGCCUGGUGUUCAUGUGCAUAAGUUGAGUAAGCGUUUCAGCGAUUUCGUGGAGUUCAAGAAGGAAUUGGAGGACUCUCUGCACAAGACCAUUCCUUAUAGCUUGCCUUCCAAAUUCACUGCGUUGUACCAGAGCCGCGCGUCAACUAUAGAGCAGCGGCGGGUUGGGCUGGCGGAGUUUCUGAACGGGCUCUUAAAUGACGAGCAGCUCAGAACUCACAAGCUGGUAGGGGAGUUUCUUUAUCUACCAGAAAACACAUUCACUCAGGAAAAGGAAGAACAAAUUCUGUCGCAAAUCGAGUGGCUGGAGGUGUCGAAGGAAGUAAAAGCACUGCUACAAAGUGUGCGGUCGAAGCUCUUCGCAAAACAGGCCAACGUUCUUGAGUGCAAGCGCACCCUGGACACCUGCGAGGCUAAAAUCGACCAGUUGAACAGAUAUGUGCACAACGAUGAGCUCGGAGCAGGCGAAAUCAAGCGGCGCAAGGCUAUUGUGGACCAGCAGCGUCAUGAAUGCAACGAACUGCGUGUUUUGUCAAGGGGCGUGGCUACUGCUACCGAAAAACCUACAUUCAAAAGAAGCCUGGGCAAAGCCAAGGAAACAGAGUCGACAGCUCGCAGCAGAAAAUGA